AUAACCUGCUGUCGUGUGUCCGAGCGUCAUCAUCAUCGGGCGUACGGUGCUCUUUGGCGAGGAAUUGCAGAAUUUCCAUUCCGCGUGCUCGGUGACAACGUCGAGACGUACAGUCCUCUCCACUCAUUCCUAUUUCACUGGUUCCAACUAUCCAAGGAAAUUGAGGCCUGUCCGACGACCGGAGUACCCAAAAGGCAAACUUGAUCACGAACGCCGAAUUCCACACCCGCCCAGGUCCGGCCGACCAGCAUACCGCAACAGCUUUCCUAGACCUGUCCGGCGGAACAUCGGCAUAGUCAUAUUGGAACCGCGACGCCUUAAACGCCCAGAAAGAGAUUCAAAACCAGCCAUGUCACCAACAAGCACCUUCUUCCGGGCUGCCCGGACUGCCCGGCCAGCCUUCCGGGCCAGCCAAUUCUUCCGCCCGAAGCAAACCCGCUUCCAGAGCACGACGGCGGGCGGCGAGAGCGAAUCAUUUGCCAAGCGCAUGUGGAACAGCCCCGUAGGCCUCAAGACGGUGCACUUCUGGGCGCCCGUGAUGAAGUGGGCCCUCGUCAUAGCGGGCAUCUCAGACUUUGCGCGUCCCGCCGAGAAACUCUCGCUGACGCAGAACGCGGCGCUCACGGCUACCGGCUUGAUCUGGACAAGGUGGUGUCUGAUUAUCAAGCCCAAGAACUAUCUCCUUGCGGCCGUCAACUUCUUCCUUGGCAUGGUUGGCAUCGUCCAGGUAACCCGUAUUACCCUCUAUCACCAGUCGCAGAAGAAUGCCCCGGCAGCUAGCGCCGUGGAGGAGGUCAAGGAGGCGGUCAAGUCCGUGUGAUUGGAGUCUAAAGGGAGAAGAGAAGAAAAGGGUGCCUUCUGAUACAAGACGGGGAAUCGAAAGCUAUAUCAUAUAACAGUAUUGUCUUUGAAGCUCUUGUUUCAUGGCUACCGAUAUAGAGGAGGUGAAGAGCUAGUCAACCUGCCAAGAGGAAGGGGGGAGCUGCUACACAGAAUUCCGGACUGGAAGCGACAGCUGGCGAGGGAAUGUGUGAGGCGAUCCCUAGGUUUGUGGACAAGAGAUAAAGCCCGGAUUCUAUGUAAGAGGAGAGUCUUCAACCUACCCCAGUGGCCUGUUCCAUCACGGCCGCGCACAUGGGGAGGCAGAGCAAUGGUGAGGGAGAUGGGAAUAGGAGUCUUUGAUAAAUAGACGCAUCUUGGGUUCAAUUCACGUAUUGACGCAGCUGGUGC